AAUGUGACCAAUUCUUAAAUUUUAGUACAACUCUCAUGUGUUUAACAUCAUUUUGUCUGACUAACAUUUUAAGUAACUAUAAUUUGCAUCUUACUCCAUUUUUAAAAUGUUCUUUCAUGUUUGGUAUAUUUUUUUCCUUUGCCCCUAAAACCACUUUCAGCUAACAAAAGAACAUUUUCCCUACAUUCUUCUCUGUUGCAAUGACUUUUACUAGGUUACUGAAUUUACAUAUGUUCUGAGGUGAAAACUGCAAUAGCAAUUUAAACUUAUUUUUACUUACUUUUCUAUAUGUUUAGAUUCUUUCGUGGGUGGGGGUGAGGGUAAAAGGUUUGAGUUCUUUGAAGUUCUCCCCUGCCUCCAACCUCUGGAGAUGAGAAAGUUAUUAUGCUACUUUGCUGCAGGAUUGGCUGAUGUCAUUUUACAGGGACCUUUCAUUUCUGUGAUUUCUCCUUCCCUCCCCACCAGGAAAGAAUGCCAUACUUAAGUCACACUGCCUCCAAGACAUCUGAUGCUUUGACACUCUUCCUUAGCACAACUCUGCUAAACCCAAAUCCCUUUUGUAAACCUUUAUGUUGAUGAUCCACAUGGGGCAGCGGGGAAUUACAGGUGCCACAAAUAAAAAUAGGAGAGGGCAAGGAAUUUGAGACCUGUUAGAGGGGGUGAGCUGAGGUGAACUGAUCCUAGGUGAGCAGAGAGGAAAGGUAUGUCAGUGAUUAUGAAUGUAACUGGGGAAAGGGGGGAGACUAUAGCAGAAGCAUCCCUGUUGGGAAGAAUAAGAAGCAGAAGAAGGGAGAGGGGAACUGUUUUCAAUUUCAGUGUUUCAAGAAGCUAGUUGUUAAAAAUUGCUUUUCUAUUGAGGACCAGUAUUGAAGCAUCCUGAUUCCCUCUAGAGUACUUGUAUCUUUUCUAACGUUAUGGUUAACUGGAUUAUAUAAUUUAAAAAUAAUACAGCGGUGUUUUCUAUAUCUACAUCCUUAUGAUGUUUCUAGGUUGUUUAUUCUCUGUUGAUGCUUAGUAGCAUGAUGAAAAACUGAGCAGUUUGUGCUCUCUGAGUUUGGGGGUUGGGGGUUUGUUUUUGUUUUUUCUUUUGGUGGAAGUACUUAAACCAACUUAAAUAUGAUGACUGAGGAUUAAGUCUGGCAGGCAACUCUUUGUAUUUUGUAUUAGACUUCAAAAUCUUUUCUUCUUCUUCUUCUUUUUUUUUUUAAAUCCAGGAGAAUGCUUUAUUGCAACUUUUAGCUGACUAGAUGCUUAACUUAGUAACAAGUUUAGCCCUUGUAACUGGCUAGCUAAAAGCAAAUCGGCUUGUUUCUCAGAUCUUUGGGGGAUAGCAAGAAACAUUUGAGUGAAUGUUGUUGAAGAUUUUCAGUAGUAUAGAAAAUGAUGGCGCUCUUGUGAUAUUUCAAGCAAGGAUUUGGCACAGACAUCCUAUUUCAUGGCUACCAACAGUCUGCAUCUUACAACCUUCUGUCUUCAGUAUAAACCAACAGUGAUAGCAUGUGUAUGCAUUCAUUUGGCUUGCAAAUGGUCCAAUUGGGAGAUUCCCGUGUCAACUGAUGGAAAACAUUGGUGGGAAUAUGUGGAUCCUACAGUUACUCUGGAAUUACUAGAUGAGUUAACACAUGAGUUUCUACAAAUAUUGGAGAAAACGCCUAGUAGGUUGAAGAGGAUUCGGAACUGGAGGGCUAAUCAGGCGGCUAAGAAACCAAAAGUAGAUGGACAAGUAUCAGAAACACCACUUCUUGGUUCAUCUUUGGUCCAGAAUUCCAUUUUAGUAGAUAGUGUUACUGGUGUGCCUACCAACCCAAGUUUUCAGAAACCAUCUACAUCAACAUUCCCUGCACCAGUACCUCUAAAUUCAGGAAAUAUUUCUGUUCAAGACAGCCAUGCAUCUGAUAAUUUGUCAGUGCUAGCAACAGGAAUGCCAAGUACCUCAUAUGGUUUGUCAUCACACCAAGAAUGGCCUCAACAUCAAGAGUCGGCAAGGACAGAACAGAUAUAUUCACAGAAACAGGAGACAUCUUUGUCUGGUAGCCAGUACAGCAUCAACUUCCAGCAGGGACCUUCUGUAUCACUGCAUUCAGGAUUACAUCACAGACCUGACAAAAUUUCUGACCAUUCUUCUAUUAAGCAAGAUUAUACUCAUAAAGCAGGAAGCAGUAAACACCAUGGGCCAAGUUCUGCUACUCCUGGAGUAAUUCCUCAGAAAAUGUCUUUAGAUAAAUAUAGAGAAAAACGUAAGCUAGAAACCCUUGAUCUGGAUGCAAGGGAUCAUUAUAUAGCUGCCCAGGUAGAACAGCAACACAAACAUGUACAGUCCCAGGCAGCCAGCAGCAGUUCUGUAACCUCUCCCAUUAAAAUGAAAAUUCCCAUUACAAAUGCUGAAAAACCUGAAAAAUAUAUGGCAGAUAAGAAGGAAAAGAGUGGAUCACUGAAAUUACGGAUUCCAAUACCACCCACUGAUAAAAGUGUCAGUAAAGAAGAACUGAAAAUGAAGAUAAAAGUUUCUUCCUCAGAAAGACACAGCUCUUCUGACGAAGGCAGCGGGAAGAGCAAGCACUCAAGCCCGCAUGUUAGCAGGGACCACAAGGAGAGGCACAAGGAGCACCCUCCCAGCCGCCACCACCCCAGCGGCCACAGGUACUCGCACUCGUGCGGUGGCAGCAGCAGUGCUGGCAGCAAGCACAGUGCUGAUGGGGCACCACCCACUGUUCUCAGGAGUCCUGCUGGCCUGAGCAGUGAUGGCAUUUCCUCUAGUUCCAGCUCUUCGAGGAAGAAGCUGCAUAUCAAUGAUGCAUCUCACAACCAUCACUCCAAAAUGAGCAAAAGUUCCAAAAGUUCAGGUAGUUCAUCUAGUUCUUCCUCCUCUGUUAAGCAGUAUGUAUCCUCUCACAACUCUGUUUUUAACCAUCCCUUACCCCCUCCUCCCCCUGUCACAUACCAGGUGGGCUACGGACAUCUCAGCACCCUCGUGAAACUGGACAAGAAGCCAGUGGAGACCAACGGUCCUGAUGUCAAUCACGAGUACAGUACAAACAGCCAGCAUAUGGACUACAAAGACACAUUCGACAUGCUGGACUCGCUGUUAAGUGCCCAAGGAAUGAACAUGUAAUCAUUUGUUUAGGUCAAUUUUUCCUUUACUUUUUUAAUUUAAAAAUUGUUAGAAUGGAAAACUUCCUCCUGAUCUAGCAGUGGUAACACCUGCUGUUACUGCCACUGCUUCAAUAUUUGUAAGUGCUGCUUUAUUCUUCAUUCUGAAAAGAAGAGAUUAUAGUAAACAAGUCUUUAUCUCCACAUAUGAUAGUGUUAUAAAUACUGUAAAAGCAUGGAAGGUGCAAAACUCAGUAUUUCAACAAUUGCAGCUAAGAACAUUAGGGUGAAUGGCUGGCUGCUUCUAGGAAUAUAAGAUGCCUCAAGCAUUCGUUUAUUUAUAAUUUGAAUACUGUAGCUAUUUUUUGUUGUUGCUUGGCUUUUGAAUGAGUGUAAAUUGUUUUCUUUUGUGUAUUUAUACUCGUAUGUAUGAUUUGCAUGUUUCAAUGAUAAAGGGAUAAAACAGUAUACUGACAACUGUUUACAAGAAAGUGGAGAAAAAUGUACAUACAUUUUUGUAUGUUUAGAUAUUACCAUAAAUACUCAGGAUUGGAGCUGCUUGUAAGUAUAACAAUAUACAGAAUAACUUUAUUUUAUCUUGUCAGAGUCCAUCACUAAUCUAAAACAAAGGUGGCACUUUUUCAUGUUAACCUUAAACUCUAGGCCUUACUGGAAGCCACUGAAGGGGGACACUUCACUACCAGAUGGGUAUGCAGUGCCACAGAUGGUCAUGUACACUGUGAGGCCCUGAUUCUGCCUUCAGAAGUUCUGACCAGAUUGGCUGCUGAAAUAGCCCCUAAUUUUCUGAAGGCUUGAAGAGGAAAAAAAUAAAGUUUACAUACUCUUGAUGUGAAGUGCAUUUAAGUGUUUGUUGGCUUGUUGCAGUACUAUAAACACAGAGCUGUUAAUAAUGGUUAUGUAGAUUACUGUGAUUUGAAAACUAAAUUCACAAAAACUUACAUUAGUGAAGAAUUAGUAAGUCUUUUUCUUAAAUAGAGAACUUUAACACUACGUAUUUUAACAGUAAACAGGAAUCGCUUUUCCUUUAGCGUUCAGAAGGACACCGUGUCCUUAAACAUACUCCUCCCCUGAAACGUGUUUGUGUGUGAUGCCAUAUUUCUUUUUCAGGUAAAUGCAGUCUUCCUUAUAAAAAUGAAAUUAAACUUAUUGCUCUUUCAGUUCUUUUAUAUUCUAACAAUAAAUAAAACAAAAAGAUCACUGACUGUGCAUUGUACCUGUAUUUAUAGCUUAUGGUUGUUAACAGGAAGCUCACUGAGAAAAAAAAAGGUAAGCCUCCAGGUAAACAGCUAGUGGAGGUUUUACAUUUGUUUGCACAUCUCAGUAUAUUCCUGUUGAAGUCAAGUUUGCACAGUCUUCUGACUUCAGAACAAAUGAUAGACUUUAACUUGUUUAAAAUUUGUCUUAAAUGCCGGUAACAUGGCUCUGGUUUAUCAGCUAAUCUUCAAUUCUGUGGUAAAUCUUUGGGCUGUUGAGUAUCUUUGAGAUAGGUUGAAUUCAACUUCUGUUGAAUUGAAAACUGUCUUAAUUUUUCCUCUAUGUAUAUGAAUUAUUUUUGUUACAAAGCCACUGAUACGUGCACAAUUGUAAUUUUACUCAAGUAUGUUGCAGUUGUAAAUAUUAGAGAGUUUAAUCUCAUGCUCUACUCUUAUUUAGCAAUUACCUGAUUUGCCAGUAGCUUUAUAAUUUUUUUUUAAAAGAUAAUUGUUCAUUAUUUUGUCAAUGUUAUUUGAACUUAGGAUACUGGAUACUAGGAUCCUCUUUCUAGGGACUUUGCCUAGCUAGCAUGUCCUAACUUUGUUCUUGUCUGGCAUAACUUUAGUAAUCUUUGUCAUUACAUGUAACUUUGUUACUCUGUAUGGCAUAUUAUUGUAUCCAUAAACAUGGUAAUUUUGAUACAGUUAUACUUUUACAGUGGUACAUAAUCCAAGGACUAGUAUAGAAUUAAGAUGAGUGCAAGAUGAGGGAGGGAAGGGUUUUGUUCUUGGUAAUUUAGAUGUGAAACCUCUAAGGAGCUAUCAUGUGAAAUGACGUAGGGUGGUUGUGCUACUGUAUAAUUGGGGUGAUAAUACCAGGAAUUUUAAUAAGAUUUUGUAAAGAAUAUCCAGAAAAGUAGUGAACUUAUUUUCAGUAUGACAUAGAAAACAAUGUGAAUAUUUAAGGUCUGUGACUAUACUUCACUAAGAAUUUGCAGAAUUGUUUUGAGAUGUGAGAAUAAAGGUAAUUUUGUUGAAUCUUUAUUGGUGCUAAUGAUGGACAGUUAAAAGGGUAGCUAGUGUAUAUUGUUAUGGGUCAGUACUUAUUAGUACUUCCAAAAUUGAAUUUGAAAUGCUAUGUAUUCACUUUUCACUCUGUAAAUGUAAUUCUUUACAAUGACUUUAUUUAUUAAAGGGCAGCCAGUUGUAAUUUUUA